AUGGUGGAUGACAAUGUGAACACUGGAGGGUCUAACAAAGAAUUUAGAAAUGUACUUCAUUUAAUGUUGACUUUAGACGUUGUAUUUGGGGAAGAGAUCGAUGAAAACAGGUAUCGAGCAAAAAAUCUUUGGAACAACAACAUUUCAACCAUCAAAGAAGGUGUAUUCACGGGGCUUUCAAAUUUAAAAGAAUUAAAUCUGCGAGAGAACAACAUUUCAACCAUCAAAGAAGGUGUAUUCCUGGGGCUUUCGAAUUUAGAGAGAUUAGAUCUGAAAUGGAACAACAUUGCAACUCUCAAAGCAGGAGCAUUCACGGGGCUUUCCAAUUUAACGUACUUAACUCUUUCCAACAAUAAAUUUUCAAGGAUUGAAAAAGAAAUGUUUCAAGGCCUUCACAGAUUACAGAAAUUAGAUCUGCAAGGAAGCAACAUUGCAACCAUCAAAGAAGGUACAUUCACGGGGCUUUCAAAUUUAAAGGGCUUAUCUCUUUCCUCCAAUAAAAUUUCAAGGAUUGAAAAAGAAAUGUUUCAAGGCCUUCACAGAUUACAGAAAUUAAAUCUUUGGAACAACAGCAUUUCAACCAUCAAAGAAGGUACAUUCACGGGGCUUUCAAAUUUAAAAGUAUUAUUUCUUUCCUCCAAUAAAAUUUCAAGGAUUGAAAAAGAGAUGUUUCAAGGCCUUCACAGCUUACAGAAAUUAUAUUUGGACAGCAACCCAAUAGAAAAAUAUGAAGAUGGCGCUUUCUUAUUCCUCCACAGCAUAGCUGAAAUUAACCUCCGAAACAAUAACCUUAUGAAGUGUGGAUGUCACUUGCCAGCCUUCGUUAAGGAUAUUAAAAAAGUCUAUAACAGAAAUGUGGCUGUCUCUGGCGCGUGUCAGGAAGACUCAGGGAAACUAAUACGUAUACUGGAUUAUUCGCAAUGUCAAAAUUACUCGUUAUCUCAACGGAAUUUACAGUGUCAAACAUGUUCAGGAAUCAUAUGCAAUGAUUCAAAAGUGACAAGCUGUCCAGAAGCAGAGCCUGUAUGCCGAUUCGCAAUAUCAAUGAACGGUGCUAAACUGAAGACUGAAAGGUCCUGCAGCACAUACAGAAAAUGUGUUGCAGCUAUGAGAAACAAUACCCUUACAUGCAAUAAACGGACGAAUGGCACGUCUUGUACUGGUUGUUGCGUCGGACACUUAUGUAACAAGAAUGAUUUCAUUGGCUGGACCAAAUCCCUCGUAUUUCGUUUGAUUUUUAAAAAGUUCAACGAAUAUAAAAUCCCCGCUGAGAACAUAUCAAGAGCCAUGGAGCAUGACCUUUCAACCGCGACGGGAACAUUUAGAGUUGAAGACUGUGGCUCAAACAGAAAUAAAAUAUUUGCUAUUUACUGUACAGUAUUUAGCGAAAUGACUGAAAGUCAACUGCGGCGCAAUAUCUCCCAAGUUUUGAACAAAUCCCAGGCAUUGCUUAACUUAGGUGUUAAGAAAAGCCACAUGAAAUUCCUUGAUGAAAUGGUUUGUGAUGAAAGCACAACAUCAACUAACAAUCGAACUUUCUCUUGGCCAAUGACAAAAAUAGGAACUACUGCGGAGAUCCCAUGUCAUGGAAAUGUAGCCACCAGGCAUUGUUCUUCCAGAACGAUGGGGCAUCCAGAAAUGGCAUCAAGUCAAAACCUGUCAUCACAAAAGUGUUCACCGUUUACUGGUAUCUGGCAAGAACCAGACAUGUCUCAAUGUUACAAUGCAGAACAGACCAAAGGCAUUGAUGAUGGCUUUACCAAAUCCUUCGCAUUUCGUUUGAUUUUAAAAACGUUGAACGAAUAUAAAAUCCCUGCUGAGAACAUAUCAAGAGCCAUGGAGCAUGAGUUUUUAACCGUGACUGGAAAAUUCAGAGUUGAAUAUCAUGGUGUUCAAAGUCAACUGCGGCGCAAUAUCUCCCAAGUUUUGAACAAAUUCCAGGCAUUGCUCAACAUGAAUUUGCUUGAUGAAAGUUCAAGUACUGGUAAUGGAACAGAGGAUAGAACAGCAGAAACAAACUUUUGAGUGAAAAUCGAAAAAGAGCCUCCAAGAAUCGUCUUUGAUGAUAUUUUAUGCUAUAAAACGAUAUUUUCUGCAUAUAUAAUACAAAA